GGAGUUUAGCUCACCAGAUGGGGUCGGCCCCCAAAGUCGGCAUCAUGAGAGGCUUCGUACGGCGCGCCCAAGAGGUUAUCCGUUCCCCUCUCUUCCAACGGCGGGAGAGCAACGAGGAGCGCGAUGGCCAUCCCUCUCCCCUCUCUCGUUGUUCCGCGAAACUGUAGGUCUCCUCUCUUGGAAUCCCAUCUCAGGAGCUCGGAGGUCGUCAAGAAAUGGCGGAUUGGAGCCUCUUCCGCUGCCCCUGGGGUCGAUCUGAAGGCCCUCGAGGCCGCCAUUGCCAAGAAAGAUAGUAAUGCUGUUAAAGAGAUACUUGAUCAACUAAGCCAAAUUGGUUGGGCCAAGAAAUGGAGUUCUCAACCAUAUGUAUCACGUCGUACGACAUCCCUUCGGGAACUGACUACUCUGGGAAUAAAAAAUGCAGAGAACCUUGCAAUUCCAAGUGUGAGGAAUGAUGCAGCUUUUCUUUUUACAGUAGUGGGAGUGACAGGAUUUCUUGGUGUCAUUGCUGGUCAGCUUCCUGGGGAUUGGGGUUUCUUCGUGCCCUACCUACUCGGGAGUAUCUCAUUGAUUGUUUUGGCCAUAGGGAGCAUUUCUCCUGGCCUUCUUCAGGCUGCAAUUGGUGGAUUUUCUUCAUUUUUCCCUGAUUACCAAGAGAGGAUUGCUAGACAUGAAGCUGCUCAUUUCUUAGUUGCCUACUUGAUUGGCUUGCCUAUCUUGGGAUAUUCACUGGACAUUGGAAAAGAACAUGUCAAUCUGGUUGAUGAGAGUUUAGAAAAGCUGGUGUACAGUGGGCAACUUGAUGAUAAAGAACUGGACAGGUUGGCUGUUGUGUCAAUGGCUGGACUUGCAGCUGAAGGUCUUAAAUAUGAUAAGGUUGUUGGUCAAUCAGCAGAUCUUUUCACUCUUCAGAGAUUUAUAAAUAGGAGCAAACCACAAAUUAGCAAAGAGCAGCAAAAAAACCUAACAAGAUGGGCAGUCUUGUUUGCUGGAUCACUCCUGAAGAACAAUGCUGUAGCUUAUGAAGCUCUCAUGUCUGCCAUGUCAAAGAAGGCUAGUGUAUUGGAGUGCAUCGAAGCAAUAGAGAAUGUUUCUUGAAAGGUUGUUUGAUCAAAUCUCUAUGAUUUGUUAAACAGAAGUGAGUUCAGCUACUGUUAUGCCGCUUCACAAUUUGAUUGUUUCACACAAUUGGACGUGGCAGAAGGAAAUUCAUUGUAUAGGUCCCUUUGGAAAUUGGAAACAUUACAUGGUACUAUGUUCUUUUGACAGGAAAUGCAAGGAAACAUCUCUCCACAGCCUGCUA